CUGAAGUAUCCUACACGCUUGUAUCUGCAAUAACAGACAAGGCGGCAAUUUCAAAUUACGGCCAUACAUGAUCAUUCCACUACACUUGUUCCCAGCCAGUUGCUGCUCUCAGUUGAUUUUGCGAGCGCCCACGCCGCCUACGCGCAUUUCAUCGAGUAAAUACGGUGAACAGAGAUGGAACAGAGACGUAUUGCGAAAUAAAGGUGAUAUGUCUAUGUCAGGCAAUGUUUACCUCUUAAAACAACAUUGCACUGUCUAUCAAUUGGGGAGACGAUAGAUAUAUAAGUAAAGUCUCUAAAAUGAGUAAAAAUGAAUCAGAUCAUUCGACGCAAAAUGAAACCGAUAGUGUACAUAGCCAUCCUUAGUGUUUUUGGAAGUUUUGGAAUUAUUUUGGUCUACCUCCGAUACAUAAUCGCUGAUGGGAAUGACAUAUACGAGGGCGUUAUUAGUAGUAACAAACUAGAUAGUCAAUUAAUUGACAAUGACUUCCGAAUACAUGACUUGGAAGUUAAGUUGCAGACACUGGUUGCUAGGGUUCCCAAAAAAUAUGCACCUGUUAAAUUUCUCAAUUAUUUAGAACGCAAACGAAUUUUGAUAACUGGUGGAGCUGGUUUUGUUGGAUCUCACCUAGUUGAUACAUUAAUGUUUGAAGGACAUGAAGUUAUUGUAGUAGACAAUUUCUUCACAGGUCGCAAGCGUAAUGUUGAACAAUGGAUAGGCCAUGAAAACUUUGAACUGAUACAUCAUGACAUUGUCAAUCCAGUAUACAUAGAAGUGGAUGAAAUUUACCAUUUAGCGAGUCCCGCAAGCCCGCGGCAUUACAUGUCUAAUCCAGUAAAAACCAUAAAAACAAACACUCUAGGAACUAUUAAUAUCCUAGGAUUGGCACGUCGCGUGCACGCAAAGGUUUUAAUCGCUAGCACGUCCGAGGUCUACGGUGAUCCUGAUAUUCACCCGCAGCCUGAAACAUACUGGGGCCAUGUCAAUCCCAUCGGUCCACGUGCAUGCUACGAUGAAGGCAAGCGUGUGGCGGAAACAUUAUCUUAUGCCUAUGCCAAACAGGAGCGGAUGGAUGUACGUGUUGCGAGGAUAUUUAACACGUAUGGGCCUCGUAUGGUCAUGAAUGAUGGUCGGGUGGUGUCAAAUUUUAUCCUGCAAGCACUGCAGAAUGAUGUUAUUACUGUGUACGGGUCAGGUAAACAAACACGAUCGUUUCAAUACGUAAGCGAUUUGGUUGAUGGACUGAUUGCUUUAAUGGCGUCUAAUUAUACUCAGCCAAUUAAUUUGGGAAAUCCUGUUGAACAUACAAUUAACGAAUUUGCAACAAUUAUUAAAGAUUUAGUUGGGGGACGAAGUAAAAUUAGCCACUUGCCAGAAGUCGAGGAUGACCCGCAGAGGCGGCGUCCCGAUAUAACCAGAGCCAAAACAUAUUUAAAUUGGGAGCCAAAGGUGGAACUCAGCGUCGGUUUGCAGAAAACUGUCGAUUAUUUCAAGAGGGAGCUGAAAAAGUUUAACUAUUCGGAAAAUAACAAGUUCGUUCCGGACAAACCUACAACGUAAUCACUUAAGUUAUUGAUAUUGUACUAUUUGUGAUAAUGGAGAUGUCUCCUACUCUUAGGUCAAUAAAAGUAUUGAACUAAAGCGGUUAUUUGGUUUGUAAUAUGUAUUUUAAAUUAAUCGAAAUAAAUUGAAAGUUCACAA